CCAGGGAUCGAACCUGCAACCUCAUGGUUCCUAAUCGGAUUCACUAACCACUGAGCCAUGACGGGAACUCGUCUCUCUUGUGAAUCUUGAACUAGGGAUAGAGGUGGCAAAGAAAACUCUGGGGAGCAAAGAGGUCCUGCUGUUCCUAUGCCUUUACACAUCCACACAUGCGUGUAUCUAGUCCGGACACACGGGAGGGGAGAGAUGAUGGAUGACUGGAGCACUGGAUUGUCGGGGGAGGAGGAUAAGAGGCAGGAUGGAUGGAGCAAAGGAUGGGAUGGGAUAGCUUCCAGGAAGGUUCACAGGUUGGUCCCAGACGGAGAAAGAUAAAGUCAGAGAGAGUGACUGUGCUGGGAGUGGAGAGAAGAAUCUUGAGGCCACUGUCCUGGCCUUUCUCAGGAGCUCAUUUAGCAUUUGGAGAGCUGAAAAGUAAUCCCAUGUUCAAGGGAUGAUGACAUUUCAGAAAGUUUAAUGAUAAUUUUUAGAAGUGAGUUACUUUGAUCUCGUGUGCUUAUUUGCUUUCUUCCUCUUUCCUGCCUUCCCUCCCUCCUUCCUUCCUUGCUUUUAAGAUGCUUUCUCAAAUACACACACACUUCCCUGUGCAUGUGUGUAUUCAGUGUAGAAAUUACCCAAAGGAUGCCUGAAUACCAUAGGAGGAAUAAGUUGCUGCAGAAAUCCAUAUUAAGGAAGAGAAAGAUUUUCUUAAAAGUGACAUAACCUGCUAAGAUUUCGUUGGCUCACAAUGAGGAUGGUGUUUAAAUUCAUGCAGAGCAGUUUCAAUUUCAGACCCUGCCUGGAGGCUUACCUUUGUCAGCCUGGAAGAGGAGGCCCAUUACAAGCCCGUUGCCAAACCACAUAGCUACAUACCCCCUCAUGGCUCCCUUUAGUUAAACAAAUACUUUGCCAAAUAUUUGAAACUGACUUUUUUUUCUUUAUUUUGAGUUAGUUCAAAUUCUUAGGCAGGGGACAUUUUUGCAUUAAUCCCUGUGAGUGGAAAGGAGGCACUAUUCGAAUUUAUUAACUCAGGUUUAAGAAGUUCCUGUCUACCACUCUGGUUUGGGGAAGGACCAAUGGUUGUUUAUUCAGACACAUUAAUUAAGGCAGAAUGUGAUAAGGCCUAUAGGAGAGCUCAGGACAAAUUACCAUCAAAGUUCAAGAUGAAGAGACCAGUUCAAGUUGAGGGUAUCAUAGACGGAAUGUCAUUUCAAUAGCCUGUGAUGAACUGGUGCAGUUUUAACAGGCUGUUUCUCCAAGAAGAUGGGCAGAGUCGGACAUACAUAGAGUCUACCAAAGUGAUGGAAAAAUAGCCCAGGCUGUGCACUGUUGAUUCAUAGGGCACAGAAUUGUGGAGAAGUGCCAAACAGUAGAUUGGCCCAGACAUUUGGUUCUGUCUGCCUAGUGUUCUCCUGCCCUUCACUGAGCAGCACUCACAUUCUUUAGUGGGUGGCCCCUCCACUGCUCUGCCCAUGGAUCCAAAUGAUGCUGACACCUUUUCUUGUGACUUUCCCUUCCUGGAUGUGGUGGGAUGGAUAUCCCACGUAGGUGGACCAAUCACCACACACCUCCUGCCUGGCUGCAGCUAUUGGUCCAGGGUGGGCACAUGACUCCAAUGUGGCCAAUCAGAGUCUUCCUUGGUAUUCUUCAAACUGGAGUCCAGAGGGAGAUGUCUUCUUUCUUGGGUAGCAGUGCUGGAAGGGUGGGGGAUGGAAGCCAUUAGCUGGGAGAAACCAGUCUGUAGUAGGAGGAAAUAUUGUACACACGAAAGGGGAAGCAGUCUCACCAUGGGUCCUGCCAGGUUCCAGGCCCUCGUUCUAGUCUCUGGGGGCCUGUUGCUGCCAAGAUGCCCCCCUCUCAAGACUUGGAUCCAAUGCCAAGUUCCUUCAGUUCUGCGAGCUGCUCUCAUAAAUAGGCCUUCAGAGUCUUUCCCCUUCCCCUUUUACUUUUUGUUCAGCAAAUUCAUGUGACUAUUUCUCCAGUUUCCAACUAGAAAUCUCUAACUUGCCCUUUAAUAUGUGGCCUGAGGGUCCUUUUUCUGGAAGCAGUCCCUGAAUUCCCUCGAGUUCAUUGCUCUGUCCUUUGUGCCACUCUGGAUUGUGUAUAUUUUUAUAACAGCCCCCACGUGUCCCCCACCCUAAGACGCUAAAUUCCUUGAAAGUGAAGCCUGGCUGACCUGUUUUCACAUCUCCAGGGCUAGAUCACAGAAAACAGUCAGUAUAAUAGUGAAAGUGUGUUGUGCACAGUUUUACUGUGUUACACAGAUCUUUUUUUUUUUUUCUGCUUUUUAGGGCCACACCUGCAGCAUAUGGAGGUUCCCAGGCUAGUGGUCUAAUCAGAGCUACAGCUGCCAGCCUAUGGCACAGUCACAGCAAUGCCAGAUCCAAGGCAUGUCUUCAGCCUACACCACAGCUCACAUCAACGCCGGAUCCUUAACCCACUGAGUGAGGCUAGGGAUUGAACCCACAACCUCAUGGUUCCUAGUUGGAUUCAUUUCCACUGUGCCAUGAUGGAAACUCCUCAAAUACUUUUUAUUUUGCCUUUAUUUCUUCAUUUUUGUCUAUAAUAGAUUUGAUCUUUCUUAUGAAGUCCUACCCUCUAGGCAGUAGGGAAGGGAAAGUGUAUAUUUUCGUCUAUAUAGAAAACUUGAUCUGAUGCAAUAAUGUAAUUAGUCAUUUUUGAUAACUACUCAGUUUUCUCUCAGAUUUCCUGCUCUCCUCCCCCCUCCCUGCACCCCUGCUCCUUUCUUGCCAGGCUGGUAUUGAAUGUGAUUUCCUGGUGAGGGUGGGGCAAAGUUGGUGGUGGGGAGGAGAAGGAGGCCCCCACCAUUGACUGCCCUCUGGGUCCUCUUGGUCUCUGUUGCGGAUCUACUCUUCCGGGCUCUUCCCUGAGGCACGAUUGUUUUACUGGGUGCUCUAGCAUCUGUGACCAUAGUCCUGCAGCUGCUUCCUCUCCCUGGUAUUGGUCAGACCCGGUGAUUCUCCUGCACUCCCUUGGCCUCACCUGACUCUUACACCACAGAAACCUUGGCGUCUCUGCCCCUGGCCCCUGGCUCACAUGCUUGCCUAAAAGCAUCUGCUACACAGGUCCUUCCUUUCCACCAUGGUGGGCCUGUGGCAGACCAUGAGCAUGCACCUCAGCCACUUCCUGCUCCUCUCAGAAGCCUUUGCGAUCUUAAGGAUCCAUUCUCACCUCUUAGGCAACUGGGAGUGGCCCAGGAAAGCUGGCUCUAGCCCUGCUGCGUGACCCUUCUUGCUCACCCCGGAUGCUUGGUGGUUGGUGGUGGUUCUCAUGACCAGGUGGGACAGCCUGCAAGGUGAUCUCCUCCAGAGCCCUAAAUGGAAGGGAGAAAAGCUCACCCACCCUCGGUGCAGCUCCCAGCCCAUCUCACAGUGUUCCCCGCGGGUAGAGGACCCAUGGGUCUCAUGCCUUUGAUGUCCGUUGUCCCUGCCAAUGGAAAGCCCUAGCUAUGAGUUGUAACAAAUCUCAUUUAUGCGAACCUCCCCCAAAGGGGCUCAGGAUCAUGGCAUAGGAUUCAGGAACCAAGUCAGGUUUCCCAGCCGGGAGAAACCCAGAACAGCGUGGAGGACGGCCAGGGGGGCUUGGCUUCCAUGAUUUACACGUUCACUAAUUCAAAAUGUUCUUGCCGAAGACACGAAAUAAGUGAAAGUUAUUUGAACGUUAAGAGAGUAGAUUUUAAAAAGUCUCAAUUCAAGAAAAGAAACUAACUCUCUGUGGUAAUGGAUGUUAACCAGAUUUAUUGUGAUCACUUUGCAAUACCUAUGAAUAUCAAACCAUUCAGUUGUUGUAGACCUGAAAACUAAUGUUAUAUGUCAGUUACAGUCCAAAAAAAAAAGAAAAAAAAAAGUCCACUUCAAUGGAGAAUACUUUAUUUUGCUAGUACAGUUCCUUGUCUAUAGUAAACUUAAUUACUUUUGGGGAUAUUAAGGGGGGGUAAAAUACAUAAAACACAUAGUUCUAGGCAGGAGGAUUGGGGCUCUUGGUGACUUUUGAAGUGGCCACAGUCAUUUUUAUGUGCCUGCGUCUUCCCAUAAGAUCAUGCAGGAUUUAUGAUCCAUCACAUAGGGUUUACUGUGAUGAUAGCUAUAGGAUUGUCUGCCUCAUCAGUUUGUCUCUCUUUUUGUCAACUGUCACCUGAAGUGGUCUUGUGCACAUCCUGCCACUUUCUUUGAGGUUUUUUUUUUUUCUCUCCUGGUAUUUGUAUAACCUCUUAGUGUCUUUCUGCCCAGCUUGCCCAUUUGGCCUUUCUGUAGACCCACUGGCCGAAGGCUUCAGAGGAAAAAAAGGAAAAGAAUUGCCAAUUAAAUCUAAUCACGCCAAACUCUGCAUCCCACACAUGACUGAACAUCACCUUGGUCGCUUGGAGGGGAAGCAGGGGCAGGAAAAAAAAAAGUUAUUUACAUAUUUGAGUCCUCCUUUUUCAAACAUAAACAUAUAUCCACUUGAAGGCUACUUUGUGCUGCUGUAAUUAGAAAUGAGGACCUGGAAAGUUUUGGGGGAAAGUGUAGCUGUUCUCAGAGCCUGCGUUUUCUUUCCUUCUCAUUGCCUCCUCUUUCCCCACCUCCCUCGGUGCCUCCAGAGUCUUAUGAGGGAAAAGGCUUGUGUUCAUCUUCCACAGUUGUGGUAAUUAGGUCUUUCAAGACAGCAGAAAGGACUUCUUUGGGGGAUCUCAUUUUAGAGCGCCACGUUGUAACUUGUUAUGUAGAAACGGCGCUUUCAAGGCAGAGGGCUGGAGAAACAGGGCUCGCUCCAGCACUCCUGGCGUCGGUUCUCGCCCACUUUCAGCUGCUGCUGUUGUGAACAGCCUGGAUGGAGAGCCCUCAUCUCAUCCCAGGGCUCACUCUUCUUUUUUCACAAGAUCCCGGAAAGGUGAGAUCGUUUCUCUGAUGUCCUCAGAAAAUCCAAGCGUCCUCCCCUGCUCCUUGCUGCUGGCCGUCCUUCUGACAUGCUGAAUGGCGGUGAUGAAGUUUAUGCUAACUGCAUGGUGAUAGAUCAGGUUGGUGAUCUGGAUGUUAACUAUGUUAAUAUAGAGGGAAUCACUCCGGAUACCAGCCCUGAAUCCAUGGGUUCUACUCUGGGGUCUGAGAGCAGCAAGCACAUCCUUCCUACUGAAACCAGCUCUGGCAUGUACCCCCCACAUGGGAACAAGGACGUGAUACUCCACCCUGAAGCCCAGCGGUCUUUCAUGUCACCAUCUAGCUCAUAUGCUUCCAAUUUGAAUCUUUCUUUCGGUCUUCAUGGAUUUGAAAAGGAACAAAGUCAUCUAAAGAGAAGAAGCUCCAGUCUUGAUGCCCUGGAUGCCGACAGUGAGGGAGAGGGGCACUCCGCCCAGUCGCACCUUUGCCACACUCCAGUGUCUCAGAGUUCUUCGAGGACUGGCCUUCCUAGUGGGGAUGAACUGGACUCUUUUGAGACCAACACUGAACCAGAUUUUAAUAUCUCCAGGACUGAAUCACUUUCUUUAUCAAGUAGCCUGCAGCUGAAGGAAUCACUGCUUUCUGGAGUCCGCUCACGUUCUUAUUCCUGCUCAUCACCUAAAAUUUCUUUAGGGAAAACGCGAUUGAUACGUGAUUUUACAGUGUGCAAUUCAGUUGAAGGUGGUGUGCUCCACCCUGGCCGUUGUUCCGUCCUUCCGUCUCUGUCUCUCUCACUGUCUAAAUCAGUGUCUCUGCUUCAUCCCUGUAAGCAAAGAGCUUACAGCUUACCGGAGCCACCAAGAGAAAAAAGAAUUCAGGAAGAAGAGUGGGAUAAAUGCAUCAUACCUGCCAAAUCGGAGUCUGAAAAAUACAAAGUGAGCCGAACAUUCAGCUUCCUCAUGAACAGGAUGACCAGCCCUCGGAAUAAAUCUAAGACAAAAGGCAAGGAUGCCAAAGACAAAGAGAAACUGAGUCGACAUCAAUUUGUCCCUGGAACAUUCUCUGGGGUCCUGCCGUGUUGGGUUUGUGAUAAAACUCUCCUGGGGAAAGAGUCGUUCCAGUGUUCCAACUGUAAUGCAAAUGUACAUAAGGGUUGUAAAGACGCCGCCCCUCCAUGUAACAAGAAAUUCCAAGAGAAAUAUAACAAGAACAAACCACAGACCAUCCUUGGAAAUUCUUCAUUAAGAGACGGCCCACCGCCUGGUCUCUCCCUGCACCCUUCCUCCUCUAUGCCUAUUGGGUUGCCAACGGGGAGAAAGGAAAUGGCCAGCCAGGUCCACCCGCUGUCCAGGAGUGUCCCAGGCACCGCCUUGGAAAGCUUCAGGAGGUCGGGGACAUCCCUGGAGUCUGAGAGUGAUGGCAGCACCUGGAGAAGCAGGUCCCACUCUGAUGAGCUGUUCCAGCCCAUGGGUUCAUCUCCCUCCACCGACUCCCUCUUAAUGGAAGACGUCGUGGAUUCGUCUCUGUGGAGUGACCUCAGUGGUGACGCCCAGGAGUUGGAAGCAGAAUCUUGGAGUCUGGUGGUGGACCCCUCAUUUUGUAGUAAGCAGGAGAAGGAUGUCAUCAAAAGACAGGACGUCAUUUUUGAGCUGAUGCAAACAGAAAUGCAUCACAUCCAGACCCUGUUCAUCAUGUCUGAGAUCUUCAGGAAAGGGAUGAAAGAGGAGCUGCAGCUGGACCACAGCACUGUGGAUAAAAUCUUCCCCUGUUUGGAUGAGUUACUGGAAAUCCACAGGCAUUUCUUCUAUAGUAUGAAGGAGCGAAGGCAAGAAUCCUGUAUUGGCAACGACAGGAAUUUUGUCAUCAACCGCAUCGGAGAUAUUCUAGUACAACAGUUUUCAGAAGAAAAUGCAAAUAAAAUGAAGAAAAUAUAUGGGGAAUUCUGUAGCCAUCACAAAGAAGCUGUUAGCCUCUUUAAAGAACUCCAGCAGAAUAAAAAGUUCCAGAAUUUUAUUAAGCUCCGAAAUAGUAAUCUUUUGGCUCGACGCCGAGGAAUUCCAGAAUGCAUUCUGCUGGUCACUCAGCGCAUUACGAAAUACCCUGUCUUGGUGGAAAGGAUACUGCAGUACACAAAGGAGAGCACUGAAGAACAGAAAGACUUAUGCAAAGCUCUUUGCUUAAUUAAAGACAUGAUUGCAGCCGUGGAUUUAAAAGUCAGCGAGUAUGAGAAAAAACAAAAAUGGCUUGAGAUCCUAAGUAAGAUCGAAAACAAAACAUACACCAAGCUCAAAAACGGCCACGUCUUUCGGAAGCAGGCGCUGAUGAGUAAAGAGAGGACCCUUCUGUAUGAGGGCCUUGUUUAUUGGAAAACUGCAACAGGUCGUUUCAAAGAUAUCCUAGCUCUGCUUCUAACUGAUGUGCUGCUCUUUUUACAAGAAAAAGACCAGAAAUACAUCUUUGCAGCUGUUGAUCAGAAGCCGUCCGUUAUUUCCCUUCAGAAGCUCAUUGCUAGGGAAGUUGCGAAUGAGGAGCGAGGAAUGUUUCUGAUCAGCGCUUCGUCCGCUGGUCCUGAGAUGUAUGAAAUUCAUACCAACUCCAAGGAGGAACGGAACGCCUGGAUGAGACGGAUCCAACAGGCAGUAGAAAGUUGCCCAGAAGAAGAAGGGGGAAAGACAAGUGAAUCAGAUGAAGAGAGGCGAAGAGCUGAAGUCAGAGUGGCCAAAAUUCAGCAAUGUCAAGAAAUACUCAGUAACCAAGACCAACAAAUUUGUGCGUAUUUGGAGGAGAAGCUGCAUAUUUACGCUGAACUUGGAGAACUGAGUGGAUUUGAGGAUGUCCAUCUAGAGCCACACCUCCUCAUUAAACUGGACCCCGGAGAGCCUCCCCAGGCGGCCUCGUUACUGGCAGCAGCACUGAAAGAAGCUGAGAGCCUGCAGGUUGCAGUGAAGGUCUCCCAGGUGAGCGAUGCGUGUCAGCCCCCCGAGGAAGGCUGUGCAGAACCCGCUGUGACGGAUGUGCUCAGUUCUCGGGAUGCAGCAGGGUCGCCUACUGCUUCACUAGUCACAGAAGGGACAGGAGGAAGAGGCUGUUGGGAUGUGGAUCCCGGGACCCAGGGUGUGGGAACCGACCAGGCGGUCUCUGAUGCGGGGGAGAAGGUGGAAUGUAGAAGUUUCCCAGGUUCUUCACAGUCCGAGAUUAUACAAGCGAUACAGAAUUUAACCCGUCUCUUGUAUAGCCUGCAGGCCGCCUUGACCAUCCAGGACAGCCACAUUGAGAUCCACAAGCUGGUUCUCCAGCAGCAGGAGAGCGUGUGUUCUGGCCCUUCUUUCCGAGGCAGCCCCUUGCAGGACCAGGAGAAAUACCGCAAUCUGGAGAAGCGGCGGGAAGAGCUGGCCAGCAUCCACAAGCUGCAGCAUCAGUUCCUACAGGACCAGCAGCGCUGGCACCGCAGGUGCGACCAGCAGCAGCGGGAGCAGGAGGCCAAGGCCAGCCGGCUGCAAGCACGAGAGCAGGAGUGCCAAGCACAGGAGGAGCUGCUGCUGAGGAAUCGGGAGGAGCUGGACCAGCAGCUCCAGGAGUACCAGCAGAACCUGGAGCGGCUACGGGAGGGCCAACGCCUGGUGGAGAGGGAAAGAGAGAGGAUGCGGGCCCAGCAGAGCCUGCUGUGUGGCUGGAAGCACAGCCGGCAGAGUAGCCUUCCUGCAGCAUUUUCUCCAGGAAGAAUGGAGCUGAUGGAACUUAAUCGAUCUGAGAAUUUCUGUCAUGAAAAUUCAUUCUUCAUCAAUGAAGCUUUAGUGCAGAUGUCACUUAACACUUUCAACAAGCCGACUCCAUCAGAUGCCACUUACCCCCCAGAUAUAUCCCAUUCUGAUUUGGUCAGGACUUGUGGAAAUCAAGUAGCCCUCAAGACGGACGUUUCCCGGCCCUCAGAUGUCAACCAUGAACCGUGGGUAGCUGCUGGGCCCUGUCAUCAGAUACCCCCUCUCCACCAAAGCAGCAAAGAUUCUUGCGAAAAUGAUUUGGACAUCUCUCAGACUGAAAACUCGCCCCCCCAUGACUCAAACCCACACGGCCCUCAGCUGCAGACGUUUAUAGCAGAAGCAAAGCUAAGUCUACAGAGAGUGACCACACCAGAUGGGGAAACUGGAGAUGGAGAAGAAAACAUUGUUUACCUCUGAUUGUGUUAUUUUUCCAAACAAAACAAAACACUGGCAUCCUGGAGAGAUUUUUUUUUUUUCCUUUCCUGAUGUGUGUAUGUGUGUGACUGUCUGUGUCCAAAUGGCCUUAGGAGUAAUGUUUAAUAUUUCAUGCAAGUUCAUUUGGGGGGCAUGAGUCUAAUAAUUAAAUUAUUGAAAACAGC